AUGGCUCCUAAAUUCGAUCCCAAUGAAGUCAAGAUCAUCUACCUCCGGGCCACAGGUGGUGAAGUUGGUGCAUCGUCUGCUCUUGCACCCAAAAUCGGUCCUCUUGGUCUAUCACCGAAAAAGGUCGGUGAAGAUAUAGCCAAAGCAACUGGUGCAUGGAAGGGUCUUCGUGUAACCGUCCAACUCACCAUCCAAAACCGGCAAGCCGCCGUCUCUGUCGUUCCUUCCGCAUCGUCCCUCGUCAUCAAAGCUCUCAAGGAGCCACCCCGCGACCGAAAGAAGGAGAAAAACAUCAAGCACUCGGGCAACAUACCAUUUGACGAGAUUGUUGAUAUUGCACGGACGAUGAAGUCGAAAUCUCUCGCCAAGGAGCUGUCGGGGUGUGUCAAGGAGAUUCUGGGUACUGCCCAGUCAGUGGGUUGCACAGUGGAUGGCAAGCCCCCUCACGAUAUCAUCGACGCCAUCAACGAUGGCGAGCUCGAGGUACCAGACGAGUAG